AUGACACCUCCGGCCUUUCUUCAGUGUCGCAGCAUGUCGCCGAAGAAACGCAAGUUCGAUGUCGAUGUCGACCUCAAUGAUGCCCCGGAUCCGAUGCCAUGCUCGUCACGGUUAUCGCGGGCAGCGGGUUUCGAUUUCUCGAACCCGGCCAGGAAUACCGACAGUCUUCGGUAUCUUGAAAAGCCGGUCAUAUAUGGGCACCUCCGCGACGUAAAACAACUCCCUGCCGAUGCGGCUACGUUUUGGGAUGCCGUGUACCCCGUUGUUAAAUUUAACAAUUGCAUCUUCCCGACCGAGAUUCGGAGCGAGAUCACCAGCCUCUAUGAGUACCCGCUGCCGGAACGCAGCUUUGGAACCAUCACCGCGAAGGAGAGCAAAGCACGGAAGGCUUUGGGAGAAGACGCUAGAAAAGACACUAGUCUAGAUAGCACGACCACCAUACAAGACGAGUUCCCCGACCAGCUCCCCGCCGUCUGGGCCUUCGCUCGGGCCAGCACUCAACCAUUCGUGGCACCGCAACGGCUGGCUCUAGCCGAGUUACUCGCAGUCCGGAAUAUCAUCCGCGAAACCUGGCGGUGCGUUGACGGCAGGUACUCCGAGGCGGCAUGGAACAGCAAGGUACACGAGCCGUUGCUAGAGCUGGCGCUGUUUCGUCACGACCCACACGUAGGAUACGUGAACGCCACGUCUGCUGAGACCUGUCCUGCCUUUAUGCCGUCCCUCUCCAUUGGGAAGGCGAUUGCAGAGGGGAAGAUGAUCGACUUCGUUAUGACGAGAUGUCUUGACUACAAGGACCCCGUCGCUGCCGAUGCUGAACUUGCUGUUGCUAUUCGAGCAAAGUUGGAAUGUCAACCAGACAGCUGGCCCUUGACAGCCAACCAGACCGACUAUACGCCAUUGACCCGUUCACCCGUGGCUGUGGCCAUCGGGACGAAAGUCCUCGGUGCGUCUAUGGAAGAGGGAUGCGUGCAGCUUGCUGUAUGGACGGCGGCUUGGCACCGAAGGAUGGAAGCACUCGGGAUCGGAAAUCGCGGGUAA